AUGUCAAUUGAUUCCAAGUCUGAUAUCACAGUUAUCCAAAAGGAAUGUGAUAUUGUUUCAAAAAUCAUUAAAGAAGCUGAUGAUUUGAUCAAGGAAAGUAUCCAAAACGCUUACAGUGUCCUUUACCCUCUUGCUAAAGAAAGCAAACCUGAAAAUACUCUACUCAGCCAGCUUGAGGAAUACUGCUGAUGAUCAAUCUUGGGAGAUGCUUUGGUCUAUACCAAUACUCAUCCAGACUUGUUUUCACCUGUAAACGAGAAAUAUUCUACAAAAUCUGAGUCUGAAGACAAAGAAAAGACUGACGAAGGUGAAAAGAUUAAGAAAGAUGAAAAGAAGUUCGCCAAAAUUUGCCUAGACACCCCUACAGAGAGUAGAGCGAUAUACCUUAGAGAGAAUUUAGAUGGACUAUAUGAAUCCUUGGACGAAAUCAAGGAUGACGAGCAAGUCUAUGUUGAAUCCAGAAAGAAGCUUCGCUACACUGCUGAGACUAUCAGUAAAAGAAGGUCUCAGUACACUGGAGUAUUUAAGAAUGGGACUAAAUGGCAGUCUCUUAUUUCCAUUAAGAUGAAGAAAACUUAUAUUCAGACCUACAAAACUGAAGAAAAGGCUGCUCAAGCCUUUGAUUUAAUGUCUAUGAUCCUUAAGAAGGACUGAGCUAUCACUAAUUUCAACUACACAAAGAGAGAGGUGCUAACCUUGAUCAGCAAAUAUAAAGAUGUUAUUAAGAAAUUUUGACAAUAG